GGAACGCGCGUCGCGUCGAUAAGUCGUGAUUUGUGCGGUUGGUUUGCAUCGGUUUUUGGACUGAAAGAUUGGAUUGUGUUUGUUAGUGGAGUGGAGAUCUAUCUGUGUGGCAUGUUGAAGUCGCCUAUGAUUCUCUGGCUGUGUUGCAUUAGCAUGUGAAUGAGCGGCAACCCAAAUACUCAGCAACACUCGAUCGGAUAUAGUAAAGUUAAUUUAAAUAACUCACCGAAGGGCUUCGAAGGUCACGAGUCGAUUACAAUAAAGCAUGGCAAAUCCAACUAACUAUUGAUAUUGCAUAAAAUAGUAGUUGCAUGUCUCGUCAAGUUACGCAAACAAUUCGUAAAACUAAUCCCACAACAAGCAAUAAAAAAAACCCAAAAUAUAUAGAACGAGUCUACUCAAAAUAUAUAUCAAAUUAGAAGAAAAUGACGAAGCUUCAAGUAAUUGUUCAUCCAGUAAGGAAAGAAUUUCGUCGUAAACGUUGCGGCUUUGAUCAUGAUACUCCCGAUGUUUUUGUCAAGUCCCAGUGGCAAACCUGUACAAAGAGCAUGGCGUAUUUAUUCUAUCGCUGGUUUAUGGCCCUCUUCUUUAUUGGCGUCGUCAUCGAGUCCAUGUGGCCCCAGGCCGAUGAUGAGACUAGCUACUGGCUUUACUUCAUCUAUAUGACUAAUUGGGGCAUUUGGAUGUGUAUGUUAACCAAUUUGCUUGGGGCCAUACUGGUUACCAUAUGGCACUAUCAUCCAGAGUAUUCGGAUAAACUUCUUAAUAUGGAGGCUUGGUUGAGUCCCUUUCGAAUUUACUGGAGCAUGCAUAUUAUAACGCUGGUACUAUCGAUAGUUAUCACCAUCAUCUAUUGGAGCAUUCUAUAUGAUGCUAAUGAAAGUGCAUUGGAUGCUACCAAUGUUCUUACCCAUGGCUUCAACUCGAUUUGUAUGUUUAUCGACCUCUGGAUUGUGGCCCAUCCAUUGCGAUUACUUCACGCAUUCCUCCCAGUCGUGUUCGGUGUUAUCUAUGCCAUCUUUUCGUAUAUAUAUCAAAUGUGCGGCGGCAUUAACAAGAAGGGGAAACCUUAUAUCUAUCACGUGAUUGACUGGAGUCAACCAAAAAGUGCAUUUAUUACCGUCUUGGGAGUCCUGGUGCUCUCCUGCUGUAUCUAUGCCUUGCUCUUCGUCUUCUUCAAGCUGCGACUCUUCCUCUCACGCAGUUGCCGCCAGGGCAGCUUCGUGCUGCCAACGACGAGUAGCAAACAGUCUGGCAAGGCUGUCGAUGACAAGCAGACAACACAGAAUGGUAUUCAGCACUCGUCCUCCAGGAUCUCCAUGGUAUUGGGCAACUAUGCUGGAUAUGAGAAUCAGGCCUAUUCUCCAAGCACUGGAGAUCCAGCUCCAAAGAAUUAAAUUGAAUCUAUAACUAUGGGAAAUAAUGGGAGGGAGAUAGUCUAUUGUCUAAGUUUUGUUGCAACUUUAGUCAAUCUGUACAGUAGAAUUUUGAACAAGUGAUAUUAUUAUUAUAUUGUAGUUAAGCUUAAGCAAAUAAAUGUUACUUUGGCAAGGAUCUUUUGUAAGUCCUUGGGUGUUUACUUUUCGCAAUGUAAAAA